AUGAGCCACUUCACCAUUUGGCAUCAUAUGGUGAAGCACCAGAUUCCAGCCGCAUUGAUUCUGGAAGAUGACUUUGAUUUGCAGCCAGACUUUGCGACCAAGUUGGGAGAAUACUUGGAGGAGGCCCGUGGCUACGAUUGGAACUUGAUGUAUGUUGGGCGAAGCCCCACAGAGGCGGAUUGGACCAGGCUGAGCGCUCACGUGGUGGAGCCGGGCUACACUCUUUGGACGGUCGGCUACAUCUUGCGCCUUGAGGGGGCCAAAGCGCUCCUGGACGCCCAGGUCGAGCGUGCUUUCUUGCCGCUGGACGACUUCUUCUCGGUGGCGGCUGGCCGCGGGAUGGACUGCUUCUACAACGACAAGGUCCUCGAGUGGAAGCCCCAUGUCCCGGUGCUUCUCCGGCCCUUCGCUUUGACCCCGCCCUUGGUCAUGCCGUGCGCCGAGAUCGCUCGCUUUCGAGCGGCGCGGUUCACCUCCAUGAGACGAUCCAGAUGA